AGCGCAAACCCCAAGUCAACCGUCCUGCCAAACCGCCAAAAUGACGUUCGCGUGGAAAGCCGCUGGCCUUACCUACAACCGCUAUCUCGCCGUCGCCGCCCGCGUCGUGCGCCGCAGCCUGCAGGAGGAGAAGAGACUCGUGGCUGAGCGCCGGGGCCAGCAGGAACUGAGAUUUGCGAAGUGGACGAACGGCAAGCAGGGCGAUGUCAAGAACCUAGCUGAUGCCAACGCCCAAGCGGCGGUCGAGAGCGCUGCGAGCGGUGGCACGGCUUAAGUGGGAGGAUGAGAACGGGUUGAAGGGAGGAUAGAUGCAUCUAGAUGGAUGGGAUGAGGUGUGAAGCUUGACGGACGGGCGCACGACACCGUCUCGUUGGCUUCUGGCGGCUGCAAGCGUUCCUCCAGGCGUCAAAACUGUAUCAUAAAGGGGGAAGCUCAAUAAAGGAGGAUACUGAUAAGCAUGGGCUGCGGACAUUGUUGUCGAGCUGACGUGCCAGUUCGAGCUCGUAUGCGUUGGAAAAUAUCUGCAUAAAGCCCUUAUGUGCAUUUUCCUGUUUGACGAGCAAUUUAAAGAUACCAUAAAACUCCAACGCAUGUCCGCGG